AUGACCACAAUGCCGAGACGACUGGAGGUCCAGAGCUCGAUCCUCACUGGUGGGGACAGCUUUAACAUGUGGCACGACUACAUGAAUCUGAGCCAAGUGUUCGAGAAACUGUGCAGCAACCGUGAGGUUGAUAACCGAGACACCGAGCGUCCAAAGAAGGGACAAGCGCCCCCCUGGAGUAAGGUCCACACUUCCACUCGGGGGAAGAAAUCCUCCAAAAACUCAUCGCAGUUCAGUCCGACCAGCAGCGCGUCGGACACCAGCAGCAGCGCGUCAUCCUCGGACUACUGCCGCUUCUGCAAGCAAAACGGGGAGACUCCGAGGGUGUACCGAUCUCACAAGCUCAAAUCAGACGACGGGAAAGUUUUCUGCCCCAUCCUCCGGAACUACACUUGCCCGAUCUGCGAAGCCACCGGUGACAGCGCUCACACACGCAGGUACUGCCCGCAGAUGAAGUGGGAGGCGGCUGGGAGGAUGCAGACAGGAGUCAAGUUCUGGUAG